UCCGAUUUACCAAUAAGAAAAGCAUUAGCUGGACGUCUCUCUCCAAAAGUUUAUGCCUUUUUUGAGGUAUCUUUCUCGUGAAAGCUCACCGCUUUCUCAUCUUUAUACGUCUCUAUAUAUACACACAUCAGGAAACAUACUCUUCUUUACCACGACAAGAUCGUUUCCACUCGGGUUUUUUUUAACAUUCAUUUACUUCGCUGAGAAAACCAAGUUAUAUGGAUUCUACUAUGGAGAAUUGUAACGGUGGGAUCUCAAACGGUGACGUUUCGGGUCUAUCUUCUAAGCGUGAGAAGCUCAUUAUCGAUACAGACCCAGGCAUAGAUGAUAGCAUGGCGAUAAUGAUGGCGUUUCAAACACCGGAGCUAGAGAUAUUAGGACUCACUACUGUCUUUGGUAAUGUCCAAACACAAGACGCUACCCGCAACGCCUUACUCCUCUGUGAGAUUGCUGGCUUCCCUGAUCUCCCCGUCGCUGAAGGAAGUUCUGAACCCUUAAAGGGUGGGAUUCCACGUGUUGCUGAUUUCGUGCACGGCAAAAACGGGCUUGGAGACGUCUCUGUUCCUUCUCCUUGUAGAAAGAAAUGUGACAAGAGUGCAGCUGAGUUCUUAGUUGAUAAAGUCUCUCAAUUUCCGGGUGAAGUCACCGUUCUCGCUCUUGGACCUUUAACCAACUUAGCGAUAGCCAUCAAACGUGAUAGUUCAUUUGCGAGUAAGGUGAAGAAGAUUGUUAUACUUGGUGGAGCUUUCUUUUCUUUAGGCAAUGUUAAUCCUGCAGCUGAAGCUAAUAUAUAUAAUGACCCGGAAGCAGCUGAUGUGGUGUUCACGUGUGGAGCUGAUAUCACUGUUGUUGGGAUAAACAUCACAACCCAACUUAUGCUAUCUGAUGAUGACCUCUUAGCUCUCCGUGAGUCCAAGGGGAAACACGCUAAGUUAUUAAGCGACAUGUGCAAAUUCUAUAGAGAUUGGCAUGUCAAAUCUGAUGGUGUUUAUGGAGUGUACCUUCAUGACCCGGUCAGCUUUGUGGCUGUAGUACGGCCUGAUUUAUUCACGUACAAGAAAGGUGUUGUUCGUGUGGAGACUCAAGGAAUAUGUGUUGGCCACACACUCAUGGAUCAAGGCCUCAAGAGAUGGAAUGGGAGCAAUCCAUGGGUGGGAUACUCACCAGUAUCAGUGGCGUGGACGGUAGAUGUAGAUGGAGUUUUGGAAUACAUCAAAGGCAUGCUGAUGAAGCCAUAAAAAGAAUGUUAAUUUUUCAUUUGAAAAUGUCAUCGUCACAUUCGUCAUGUGUUCUGGUUCUAACCUGAAUCUCAAUUCAACAUCUGUAUUUGAACUGUAUAAUUGCUAAAAUUUGGUCAAAAAAUUAUAAAAGUUAAUGAAUGGAAACUAUCUAUCUUUUUCUUCU